AUGUCAUUUGGUAUGGGUCAAAUGAUCAUUACGACACUCACAUGCAUUUUCAAGCACGAGACCCUGCAAUAUGUAACAGAAGUCAUGGAAGCAUAUAUUAAAGAAGCACAGGAAUACGAACGGGAAAUAUUCUACAAGUAUAUCGAGAAAAGCUUUACUUUUUAUAAAGGUUCCAUAUUACUGAGCUACACGUCUGCAACUAUUUUCUUGUUAGGAUCUCUCGUAUUUCCGAUUUCGUUGCCACUCGAAGUUGAAUACCCAUUUCCGAUUAAUAAUACGGCUGUGUAUGUUUUCUUAUAUUUUCAUCAGUCACUGGUUAUCUAUCAAUGCACCGCACACACAUGUAUUGUAACAUUUGUGGCUCUUAUACUUUGGUACACGGCUGCCAGAUUCGAAUGUUUGGCGAUGCAGUUUGAUAAAGUUUCGGAUUUGGACACGAUGGCCGUUUGUAUUAGGAAACAUUUACAACUAACAAGGCAAAUAUACAUUAAAGCAUGUUUCAUUCAUGUGCCAAAUUGA